GAUCAUUUCAAGACGCCGGCCGGCUCCGUCGGCGGUCAACCGUCACUCCACGUGUCCAUUUUAAUCCUUUUCCAAUUCGUAUAGUAAUUCCACUGUCCAGUCAUUAUCUCUCCCACAAGCUGCAAAAUAUAUAUAUAUAUAUGUUACCUUUCACGGACCCUCCAUGUCUCUGUCGUUUGCUCUCUAUCUUUCUCUCUCUCUCUUUCUCGCGCGCACACACGCAGACACACUCAAACUAGGCAUGGUGGCACGUUUUUCUCUCUCUAGAAAUUUCCUUUAGGCGUUAAUUCCGUGAGUUUUGGUGAAGAUUUUUGGACGCAGUUCCCGAAUCCGUGAUAUAAUUAUUGGAAACUCUUCUAUAAUCUUCAAGUUCGUCUCUGGUUGUUGGCGACGGAAAAUAUUUUGCUCGAGUUUUUUCUCAAUUCUGCUGGUUUUUACUGCGCAAGUUGAAGACAAGGCGUCCGCGUUUUACUGCGGCUCCGUUUUGUCUGCUGUAGGAAGUCAGUUGACUUGGAUUUGUUGCGUUCCCGGAAUUUACGGAGAGAAGUGCUUUCCCUUUCGGAGAAGCAUCUUUUGUUGGAUAUAGUUCGCAUUAGGAGCUUGAAAGCUGAGAUCUACUGUGGAGUUGAGAAUUCGAUUUGAUGUGUUCUUCUCGAACUCCGCGGGGGUAAUGUUGUCACACGGGUGCUAUUUGACUAUUGCUUGAAGUUCUGAGAUCAGAAUUCAAAAUAUUCAAGAAAUCUGCUGAGCAUUGCAAUUUUCUGGUUAAUCGUAAAUAUUGGGUGACAUGGGAUUUGACUCAGGAACUAUGUUCGAGACAAUGAAUAUGUUGUCAACCUCUGAUCACACUUCAGUUGUCUCCAUAAACUUAUUUGUCACACUUCUUUGUGCAUGUAUUGUGAUUGGUCAUCUAUUGGAGGAAAAUCGAUGGAUGAAUGAAUCUAUCACUGCCCUAAUAAUUGGUGUAGGAACUGGAGUGGUAAUUCUACUAAUAAGUGGAGGAAAAAGCUCGCAUCUCAUGGUGUUCAGUGAGGAUCUUUUCUUUAUUUAUCUGCUACCACCAAUCAUCUUUAAUGCUGGGUUCCAGGUUAAAAAGAAACAAUUCUUCCGCAAUUUUAUGACUAUAAUGCUGUUUGGAGCAGUUGGUACUUUAAUCUCCUUCAUCAUCAUCUCAUUAGGCGCUAUCACAUUCUUCCGGAAAAUGGAUGUCGGUCUUGCAAUUGGAGACUAUCUUGCAAUUGGAGCAAUUUUCGCUGCGACAGAUUCAGUUUGUACAUUGCAGGUGCUCAAUCAGGAUGAGACACCAUUGCUGUACAGUCUGGUGUUUGGAGAAGGUGUUGUAAAUGAUGCAACAUCUGUAGUACUGUUCAAUGCAGUCCAGAACUUCGACCUGUCUCAUAUCAAUACUAGUGUAGCUUUUCAGCUAAUUGGGAAUUUCAUUUAUCUGUUUAUCACAAGCACUGUGUUGGGAGUUGUAGCUGGACUGCUUAGUGCCUACAUCAUAAAGAAGCUCUAUUUUGGAAGGCAUUCCACCGAUCGUGAGGUUGCUAUCAUGAUGCUCAUGGCUUACCUUUCAUACAUGUUAGCUGAAUUAUUCUAUUUAAGCGGUAUCCUAACGGUGUUCUUCUGUGGGAUUGUGAUGUCACACUAUACCUGGCAUAAUGUCACCGAGAACUCAAGAGUCACCACUAAGCACACCUUUGCAACGUUGUCAUUUGUUGCCGAGAUCUUUAUAUUUCUUUAUGUUGGUAUGGAUGCUCUAGACAUUGAGAAAUGGAGGGUUGUGAGUGACAGCCCGAAAACAUCCAUUUCUGUCAGUGCAACUCUACUGGGACUGAUUUUGGUUGCCAGAGCGGCCUUUGUUUUCCCUUUAUCAUUUUUGUCUAACUUGGCCAAGAAGUCUCCAUAUGAGAAGAUUGAUUUUAAGCAGCAAAUUACAAUAUGGUGGGCUGGUCUUAUGCGGGGCGCUGUUUCUAUGGCUCUUGCUUACAACCAGUUUACUAGAGCAGGCCAUACCCAAGAACGUGGAAAUGCUUUCAUGAUUACUAGCACAAUAACUGUUGUGCUCUUCAGCACUGUGGUGUUUGGCUUACUGACGAAACCUCUUGUGCGGUUCUUGAUGCCCUCGUCAAAACAACUAACCAGCAUGAUCUCCUCAGAGUCGCUCACUCCAAACUCAUUUAUCGUGCCACUGCUUGGCGAAGGUCAGGAUUCUGUGGCUGAACUAUUUACUGGAAAUGGACAGGUUUCAGAAGCUUCUGAAGGUGGUCGGAGUGUACCCCGUCCAAGCAGUUUACGGAUGCUAUUGACAAAACCUACACGUACAGUCCACUACUAUUGGAGAAAAUUUGAUGAUGCUUUUAUGCGUCCUGUUUUUGGUGGGCGUGGUUUUGUCCCUUACGUACCUGGCUCACCAACUGAAAGAAAUGUUGAUAAUUGGCAAGGAGAAGCCAGAAAUUAAUGGUAUUGCAUCAGUUUAUCAGCCUCUUCUUGCUGGGGGGCAUACGGACUCGAAGUUUUGUGCCUGCGUGUUUGUGAAACUGGAGUGUUUUCCUUUUCCUGGGUCGUGUGGGAAGAUGGGGUGCCAAAUUUGUAGAGUUGCAGAAAUUGUUUUGCGAUGUUGAUAUUAGCUUAAAUUAUUUGUAUUGGAUAGUCGUCAAGCCGAACCCUCUGCUUGGGAGCUCUGAAAGGUUUUCUCCCCUCGCUACAGGUUGCAGAAACACCAAAUUGUUGUAAACCCUCUAUUUUUCUUUUUCAUUUUGUAAGCAAUAAAUUAUAUAGAUAAAGCUUUUAUGUUCAUGUAAUGUACAGUCAUCAUGUAAUUAAUUGCUUUGGUUGUGAUUAAAUUUUCUUUUCCUUGUGUCCGUAAA